AUGGUCUCACUCGAACAUAUCCAUGAUUGCUUGCAAGCACAGCCGAAUUCCUCGGAAAUUGCUAGUACCCUCAAUAACUUGGGCACGCUUCUUCGAGAUGAAUCCAAUCGUGCGGACCCACUCCUACUGAACAUUAUUCCUCUUGUACUUCCAUUAUACAACGCUGAACCUUCCGAGGUCAUCAGGGUGUUGGUCAAUUACACCGCAGACAACGAAGAGAAUCGAGUAUACUUGACAUCACAAGACCCACGCGUCCACGAUUUCUGGGCUGAGGCGAUGUCUCAACUCAACGACACAACCUUAGGUCUUCAUACGGUUCUUCUCUUAACACAAUUCAUUCACAAUGUCGACGACGACAAGAAAAAGAUCAUGGUAACUUCGCUUCUUGACCUCGGUGUUGCAGAGAGGCUACUUGACUACUGUAGUAGCUGUGAAGAGAACAACAAUCGUGACAACCUCUCGAUGCCUUUAGAGCUUCUCGCGGAGUUCACUGCCAUGAACCCGAAGAAAUUUGGCUUGAAAGAUCUUCUAUGGGUGAUUCACAUCAGCUCUGGAAUUAUCAAUGACUGUGAUAGUGAGGAUUGCAACGAGAUGUUGUUGUAUUCGUCGCAAAUAGCCUUGAACGUGACGAAUGUGGACCAAUUGGAUGGGUUGCCAUCCAGCGAGACCUCUCCCAUCUUGGAAAUCUACGACCUCAUGAACAAAAUACCGUCUGAUUUGGAGAACAUUGCACAUAUCAAGAGAAAUUUCUUCUCCACUUGCGGAAACAUCUCAUCGUAUAUCGACUACGAUAAUAUGCUGGACCUAGCCUUGAACAGUGAGAAUCUUAUCAAAACCAACAAUGAUCUCUAUGUGGCUGCGGCACUGGCCAUUCUGAUUGGAAACUGUGUGUCCAGCAAAGAAACCCAGUCGGAGGUAAUUGACCAACUUAGACAACUUGCAGGCUUUGAAGCGAUUGUUGAAGCUGUUCUACAUCUUCAAUUCGGAGAUGUUGUUCAGUAUCAAGCAUUGCACUUCUUUAACAAUCUUUUCACUAAUGACACGGCAGAUAUCAUCUUGAAAGAAGAAAAUAUAUCCCAUCUCGUUCGAAUUUCCAAAGUCGUGGUUGAUAACUGCAAGUACUACAAGGAAAUUGGAGGCAUCUACUUUAAGUUUAUGCGAAAGCUAGUCACUACAGGCUUCGUGGGGGACCGCAAUGUGUUUCUGUACGGCGAUGUUUGGAACCAGUUGGCUUCCGCUGAGUCCGACUCGGGAAUGAGUGAGGUCGAGAUGCUUCUUUUGCAAGCGAUUUCCACAUCACCAGUGUCCAAAACCCAGUGGAUCGCCAACUCUGCUCUUGUACAAAACUUACUAGCAGAGACCCUCUCGGUUGAAGGAACUAUCGAUGGAACAUUGAUUCUCGCCAAAAUCAAGACGUUGGCAGUUCUACUUCAGAAUUAUUCUUGUACAGAUAUGGAGGCAAGUUUAGGACCAGAAACGUUUGUGAAGACGUUUGCCGAACCUUUCUACAAGUUGAUGGAGCAGCUCUCGCAGACUCUUGCCGAAAGCACUACAAACCACAAUGCAGCCGGCCAGAAAGCAGCAGUUGCCAAUAAUACGAAAUAUGUGGCUGCCAUAGCAGCAGAAAAAUUCUCCCAGUUGCAGACCCCUGAGCCACUUUAUCAGCAGAUCGUCACUGUGUGUUCUGCGAUAGUGAGGCAUUGA